UAUAUAUACACCACCACCUUUCCAAAUAUUUCAUAAUAUGUCACUCAGAGAGUCAAUGGACUUAUAACACUUUCAUUACGAAUUUGAUUGUCAUUAUUACUGAAGUAUUUUGAUAUCGAAAAUGCCGAAUCAUUGAGACACCGACUAAACUAACGAUUAGUCUUGUAGCUUUAUCUAAUCUCUGUAUUCCAAUCUAACAAUACGGUCGCCAUUUUUCCGAAAACAUUGAAAAUGACCAAUGAGGCACAGAAGGAUGAAAUAAUAGCACUAGAAAGUAUCUACACAGCUGAAGAAUUUUCCUACCAAGAAGUCGACGGCCAAUUCCAAUGUACAUUUCAAAUAUUCCCAAGUCUCCCCGAGGAGUAUUGGGUGGUGUAUAAAGGCACUCGAAAUGAAGGAGCAGUUGAAGAGAAAAUUUCGAUAGCUCAUCUGCCUCCUCUGACGCUGUUCGUUCCACUACCAGGGGAUUAUCCCUCCCAGUCAAUCUCCAAAUUCAUUCUACGCUGCUGUUGGUUGUGCGUCAAAGACAUCUCAAAGUUAUGUAAAAAACUGGAUGAAAUAUGCAGCGAAAACAAGGGAGCUGAGAUAUUAUUCACGUGGGUGGCAUUUUUACAGAAUGAGACACUAGAGUACUUGGGUAUUGAGAGGAGUUUAAAUAUUGAUGAUGCAUACACAUUUCGCAAAAGACCAUUGGAAGAAAUGCCACAAGCAGAAACAGCUGAUGCAGCCAGUGGUAAUGAUACGAACAGGACGUGUAAGCCCAUGAUGAUGAAGAAUAAAAUUAGUCAGAAGAGGCAGGAUCGCCGGCAUCGAUGGAAAAAGAGACUCAUCGAUCAGAGAGCAAUUGUCGAUAGACCCACUAAUCGAAAUGUUAUGCAUUAUUUACUAGAGUAUAAUGAGAAACGCUUGAAUAUUGAGUUUAAGAAGAACUUUUAUUCUUGCAAAAUUUGCUUUGUCGAUAAACCUGGGGAAUCGUGCAUGCAGUUUAAACCAUGUCUUCAUGUUUUCUGCAAAGAGUGUAUCAGUGGGUACUUGGAGGUCAGAAUUAAGGAUGGAGCUGUACAGAAUAUUUGUUGUCCAGAGGAGAAGUGCACUUCUGAAAUCUAUCCUGGACAGAUCAAAGAAUUAGUUAGCAGUGAAUUGUUCGCUAAAUACGAUUCCACGUUACUGAGUGCUACGUUGGAUACUAUGUUGGAUAUUAUCUACUGCCCAAGGAGAGAUUGCCAAUAUCCAGUGAGCAAAGAGGCUAAUGAAAAAAUGGCCAGCUGUCCCUGCUGUCAGUACACAUUUUGUGUUUAUUGUCGAAUGGUUUAUCAUGGAGUUGAGCCGUGUAAAUACACUUUAGCUGAAAAACAAAAACUUGUUAAUGAGUAUGAGAAUGCAUCAGAUAGUCAGAAAGAGAUGUUGGAGAGUCGGUACGGCAAGAAGCAGUUGCAAAUACUUGUUGAGAAUUCAAGGUCGGAAAAUUGGAUAACGAAGAACAGUCAUAACUGUCCCCACUGCAAUGCAGCGAUUGAGAAAUCCGAUGGCUGCAAUAAGAUGACGUGCGGUCGUUGCAAUACGUACUUCUGUUGGCUCUGUGGCAGUCGAUUGAACCACGACACACCAUACAGCCACUACCAGGAUCCUCGGUCCAAGUGCUACAGAAUGCUUCACCACGGAUUAUUCGGGGAUGACGACUCCGAUGACGAUAUUGAAUUGGACGCCGUCUAUAUCGAUUACGAUUCUGACGAUGAUAAUUUUGUUGAAACCAAUCGAGAACACAUAAUUUAUUAUGUACUAAGUCAAAUAAUUUAUCCGGAAAUUGAUACACCGAAGAAGGAAGAACUGGAAUCGUUGUACGAUUUUGCUGAUCGCUGUGAUCACAUUUUUUUGCGGUGGCUGAAAGGACAUCCAGUUGGUUUCUACACCGUUAAGACAAAGGGCACUGAGAUUUUCAACAUUGACUCAAGAUACUCAAUGAAUACCGUUGACACAGCAUAUAUUCGUUCCCAGCAUAGGAACCAAGGGCUAGGGAUGGAAAUUUUAUACGAUGCUGUGAAGCGUUAUGAAAACCAAGAUAUUGGAUUUUCCAAGCCAAUAUCACAUGGAAUGCUCCAAGUAAUAAGGCGUUUUUUAAUGAAGCAUAAAGACUAUCGCCUUCAUUUCUGGGAAGUUGAGAACGGUGGUAUCGAGGGAUCGGUGAAAUUACUAUGGUUUACGUUGAGAAAACAGAUACAAAAUUGAAAAAAUUACUUUUACGAAUCAUUUAUUAGAAAAAAAUAAUUUUCAUAAUCUUUCAAUGUUAUAGAGUAUUUUUUUUUCAGUGUAUAUAAUGUAUUAAUAUACAGUCCUUUACAAUAUGUAAAAUUCAAGUGAAACGAUACAUGGACUGAAGGCUCAUGUGAUAGCAGAAAUUGUUAUUUGUAAAUACAUUUUCAUUUCUCUUUAA